UCUAAACUUGAGAAGUAAGGUGGAGGCAGUGAUCUAGACCGUGGGCUUUUGUCGCCGAAAGGAGCCGUCUUUAACCUAGUCUUAGAGGUACAGCAAGGAAGACACAGUUGCCAUUAACUGUAAUGCCAAGAUGGAUGUAAAAGAGGAGACGUGUGAGGCUGACAUAAAGACAAUGGAGUUAAUGUCUGUAAAUAUUAAGGAGGAGGACUGUGAAUGGGAGCCUGUCCACCCUAACAAGGAGAGUCCCAGCAUUAAGGAGGAGGAUUAUGAACUGGUAACUGUGGGUAUUAAAGAAGAGGCCAAGGAGACGUCCGUCAGCAUUGAGACGCACAGACCAAAAAGUAUGGAGAGUACUGAGCUUGAGGUGAGGUCUGACAGAAAGAGGAGCAAGAAAAUGUCGUCCUUUAGAACUCGGGAUGACCAGCCAUCGUCUACACAGCAGUCUGGAGAAAGAAACAAACCUCACUGCUGUCCCGAGUGUGACAAACAGUUCGGUUACUGGAGUGCUCUUCAGAAACACAGAAGAAUUCACACAGGUGAAAUGCCACAUUGCUGUUCUGAAUGUGGUCAACAAUUCUCACAUAUUAGCAAUCUCCAGCGACACAAAAGGAUUCACACAGGUGAAAAGCCAUAUUGCUGUUCCGAAUGUGGCAAACAAUUCUCACAAAUUAACAAUCUCCAGAGCCACCAAAGGAUUCACACAGGUGAAAAGCCAUAUUGCUGUUCUGAAUGUGGUAAACAAUUCUCACAUAUUGGAAAUCUCCAGAGCCACAAAAGGAUUCACACAAGAGAAAAGCCACAUUGGUGUUCUGACUGUGGCAAACAAUUCUCUCAAAAGACUGGUCUACAGAGACACAUUAGAAUUCACACUGGUGAGAAGCCAUAUUGCUGUACUGAAUGUGAAAAACAAUUCUCUGACAAGAGCCAUCUACGGAACCACACAAAAAUUCAUACUGGAGAGAAGCCGUAUUGCUGUACUGAAUGUGGCGAGCAAUUUUUUGACAGGCGACGUCUUCAGAGUCACACAAGAAUUCACACUGGAGAAAACCCGUAUUUUUGUAAUUAAUGUGGGAAACAUCCAUCCAUUAUCCAAC